CCAAGGACACAGAAAAGUUAUAAAUAUAUCGUUCUGAAAAAGAGUUAGCUCUUUUAUCACAACGGAUUCGAAAUAUCACCAGCGAAGCGAAAGAUCAUCUCAAUGCAAGUCAGAAAGUUUCUCAAAAAUUCAAAGUAUACCUACCAUUUAAAUGAUGCAGACUGCCUGUUAGCAUGUGGAACAAUGGCGAAAAGAUUGGGCAGAAGUCUGUUAGCCGCUGCGCUGAAUAGGACCAGAGGGAGAAAUGAAAGAAUUCUUGUAUAGAGGCAAAGGUUCCAGUGCAUUAAAACAAACUUUUUACACGUGGAGACAGAACGAUAUCAAUGUCAUUGAAAAAAACAAAAUUGUUUGAUGUUUGUGCUGUUUUGUAUGCUGUGAGUAAACGUCACGUUACCUUUCAAUUUCCUUCAAAAACUAAAUCAUGGAAAAUGGGCGUACCGGCUGGUAAUGCUGAACUCGGGAAAAAAAUCUUCGUUCAACGAUGUGCCCAAUGUCAUACUAUUGAAUCUGGCGGUAGAAAUAAAGUGGGGCCCAAUCUUUAUGGCUUUUUCGGUCGAAAGUGUGGGCAGGCGCCGGGUUACAAGUAUUCAGAAGCCAAUAAAUCGAAAGCAGUUGUCUGGAACGAGGAAACUCUUUUCGAAUACUUAGAGAAUCCGAAGAAAUACAUUCCAGGUACAAAAAUGGUUUUUGCUGGGGUGAAGAAAGCGGGAGAACGUGCUGACCUCAUAGCUUAUUUAAAAGAAGCUUCUAAGUAAUUACUAUGGAUAUGUGGAACAUUAGUAUUAAUAUAUUAUAUGCAUUGAAAUAUGUAUUAGAAAUAUUA